UAUCUCUCCUGAAUAAUGGCCUUAAUAAAUACCCGAUCACCAUCGACCCCAUUACAAUUCCCUCUUCUCCGCUCUCACCAUCGACGAAUAAGGGCUCCUCUUCUCCUCCCACUAGCUAGGGUUUUUCCCCAAUCUCUCUUAUCCCAUCAUCUCUUCUCUCCUCUUCCCAGGCGAAGGAGGUUGGCUUCGAGGAUGGGCAAUGGCGUGAGCGUCGCCACCGCCGAUCCCACAGCGGGGAAGAUGGUGUUCCAGCCGAUUCUUGAAGAGGGGGUGUUCCGAUUCGAUUGCUCCGGGAACGAUCGCGACGCGGCGUUUCCGAGCCUCUCGUUCGCGGAUCCAAAGGCCAGGGACACGCCGAUCCCGGUGCACAAGGCGCCCGAGUACGUACCCACAUUCGAGUGCGUUUAUGGACAACAGAAGGUGGAAAUUAAGCUUCCUUCAGGGACGUCAUUUUAUGGGACUGGAGAAGUGAGUGGGCAGCUCGAGCGGACAGGGAAGCGUGUUUUCACAUGGAACACGGACGCCUGGGGUUUUGGACCUGGGACCACGUCUUUAUACCAGUCUCAUCCUUGGGUUCUUGCGCUUCUUCCUGAUGGGAAGGCAUUGGGGGUUCUAGCUGACACUACUCGCCGUUGUGAGAUUGAUCUAAGGGAGGAUUCUACUAUAAGGUUGACUGCUGCGGCCCCAUACCCUAUCAUUACAUUUGGUCCCUUUGGGUCGCCCACGGAAGUCCUCGUGUCCCUCUCUCAUGCAAUUGGAACCAUUUUUAUGCCUCCAAAGUGGUCUCUUGGCUAUCAUCAAUGCCGUUGGAGCUAUGAUUCUGCUGACAAAGUUCUUAAGGUGGCUAGAACAUUUCGUGAGAAAGGCAUACCUUGUGAUGUCAUAUGGAUGGAUAUUGACUACAUGGAUGGUUUCCGAUGUUUCACAUUUGACCAUGAACGCUUCCCCAGUCCAAAGUCUAUGGUGAAUGAUCUCCACAAAAUUGGCUGCCAAGCAAUUUGGAUGCUUGACCCAGGCAUCAAAUAUGAGGAGGGCUACUUUGUCUUUGAUAGUGGAUCUAAAAAUGAUGUCUGGAUUCAGAAGGCAGAUGGCAAACCUUUUGUCGGGGACGUUUGGCCGGGGCCUUGUGUUUUCCCUGAUUUUACACAACAAAAGACACGUUCAUGGUGGGCUGACUUAGUAAAAGACUUCAUGUCCAACGGUGUUGAUGGGAUAUGGAACGAUAUGAAUGAGCCUGCAGUUUUUAGAACCAUAACGAAAACAAUGCCAGAGAGCAACAUCCACAGAGGAGAUGAUGAACUUGGCGGUUGCCAAAAUCAUUCUCAUUAUCAUAAUGUUUAUGGCAUGCUGAUGGCACGAUCAACUUAUGAGGGAAUGAAAAUGGGUUGUCGGACUAAAAGACCUUUUGUUCUUACAAGAGCUGGGUUUAUAGGAAGUCAGCGUUAUGCUGCAACCUGGACUGGAGAUAAUUUGUCGAAUUGGGAGCACCUCCAUAUGAGUAUAUCUAUGGUUCUUCAAUUGGGGCUUAGUGGCCAGCCAUUAUCUGGGCCAGAUAUUGGCGGAUUUGCUGGAAAUGCAACAGCGAAACUUUUUGGUAGAUGGAUGGGAGUCGGGGCUUUGUUUCCUUUCUCACGUGGGCACACUGAACAGGGAACAGUUGACCAUGAGCCCUGGUCAUUUGGGGAAGAAUGUGAAGAAGUAUGCCGUCUGGCAUUGUUGAGGCGUUAUCGCUUGCUUCCUCACAUAUAUACACUUUUUUAUAUGUCUCAUAUGAAUGGAACUCCUGUUGCUGCUCCAACUUUUUUUGCUGAUCCACAAGAUUCAAGGUUGAGGACAGUUGAGAAUUCAUUUUUACUGGGGCCACUUCUGAUAUGUUCUAGCACUGGUCCUGAUCAAAGUGCACAUGAAUUGUCGCACAUCUUGCCAAAAGGAAUCUGGUUACCUUUUGAUUUUGGUGAUUCACAUCCUGACUUGCCAACUUUGUUUCUACAAGGUGGGUCAAUACUUCCCAUAGGGCCUCCAAUUCAACACGUUGGUGAAGCAAAAGCAGAGGACGACUUGUCACUUUUUGUUGCUUUAGAUAAAGAUGGUAAAGCUGCUGGUGUAUUGUUUGAGGAUGACGGCGACGGAUAUGAGUACACUAAAGGAGAUUUUCUCUUGACUUACUAUGCUGCUGAACUAGAUUCUUCAGUCGUGACAGUUAAAGUCUCUAAGACUGAAGGACUACGGAAGAGGCCAAAACGUGUGCUUCAUGUGCAUUUACUUCUGGGUGGAGGUGCCAUGAUCAAUUCUCAAGGCACUGAUGGAGAUGAAAUACAUAUCAUAGUGCCUUCGGAAUCUGAAGUGUCCAACUUAGUAGCAGAAAGUGAAAAUCAGUACAGAGCACGUUUAGAAGCAGCUAAGCCUAUCCCAGAUGUAGAUGAAGUUUCUGGAGUAAAGGGCAUUGAGCUGUCAAAAAUCCCUAUCGAUCUGAAAAGUGGUGACUGGGUUCUCAAAAUAGUACCGUGGAUUGGGGGGCGGAUUAUCUCAAUGAUGCAUAUCCCUACAGGUACCCAGUGGCUUCAUAGCAGAGUUGAAAGAGAUGGAUAUGAAGAGUACAGUGGAACAGAAUACCGAUCUUCUGGUUGCUCUGAGGAGUAUAAGGUUGUUGGGAGGGACCUUGAACAAUCAGGAGAGGAAGAAUCGCUUUGCUUGGAGGGGGAUGUUGGUGGUGGAUUGAUUAUUCGCCGCCAGAUAUCUAUUCCAAAGGAUGACCGAAAGAUCCUCCAAAUUGACUCUAGCAUUGUUGCGCAGAAUGUUGGAGCUGGUUCUGGUGGUUUCUCAAGGUUGGUAUGCUUGCGAGUGCACCCAACUUUCACCCUUCUACACCCCUCUGAAGUUUUGGUCACUUUCACCUCUAUUGAUGGUUUGAUGCAUGAGAUCUCCCCCGAACCUGGAGAGCAAUUAUUUGAGGGAGAUCUCCGUCCUAAUGGGGAAUGGAUGCUGGUUGACAAAUGCACAGGUGUGUGUUUGAUCAACCGCUUUGAGCUGAGUCAGGUUAGCAAGUGUUUGUUGCACUGGGGAACUGGAACCGUUAACUUGGAGUUGUGGUCUGAAGAGAGGCCGGUUUCUAAGGACACUCCUUUGAGAAUUUGUCAUGAAUACGAGGUAAAGCAAAUAUAAUCCGGCCCUCUGUUCCUUGCGCUCUUUCUGUGUUGUUCUGCAUUAAUGGAAAUAUAACUGGCCUAAAAAUUUAGCAACUCUUCGUGAAUACGGAAGCAUCAUAUUGGCGUUGAUUCAGGUGUCCAGCAGAGUGACUUUUGAAUAUGUAGUCUAUGUCUUAUGAGGCAGUGCCCAUAAUUUUGGCAUCUUACCUGCUUAUAAACAUACUGUUGGGGUUGGUGGCAUGCUUCUCUUUUUCUCCAUGGUCACUUUUAAAAUGAAUUGAGUGCAAUGGCCUUGAACACAUGAAAUACUAGCUGCUAAUGAAAUGCAGCCGUGUGUGCGGAUUGUAGAAGCAUAGACUUGUAGAAUUUGGAUGUUGGUGUAGCACUAGUGACAAGCUCAUCAUCCGUACGGGCUUUUUAUAAAAGUGAGUAAAUUAUCUUUAGCAGCCAUUUGGUUUGCUUCGUUUUGUCA